AUGGCUGCACGAAAAUCGGAAUAUAAAGGUCUCCAAGAUGAUAGCGACCUAUCAGAUUCAGAGUUUACCCCUCUUUAUGAUGAAAAUGAUGAGUUGGACCAACGAACAACUCAAGAAACAAAAGGAUGGAAUCUAUUUCGAGACGUGCCCGUCAAAAAGGAGACUGGGUCUAUGGCGUCAACAGAAUGGGUGGAGACGAGCAUAAAGUUUCUAAAAGUUCUGGCUUAUAUCAUAGUAUUUAUUUUGGUGCUAGGUUCAGCCGUUUUAGCUAAAGGAACUUUGCUAUUUAUGACAUCGCAAUUGAAGAAGGAUCGACAGAUACCUCAUUGCAAUAGAGCAUUGGCUCUUGACAAGCAAUUUAUAACAGUCCUCUCCUUGGAAGAACGGAUAACAUGGCUGUGGGCUAUUAUCAUUGUUUUUUCACUACCCGAGUUCGGCAUAUUCUUAAGAUCAGUGAGAAUCUGCUUUUUUAAAUCUGCGAAAAAACCGAGCAAAGGAGUUUUUUUUGUGGCAUUUUUAAUAGAAACACUGCACACAAUUGGCUUGGCCAUUCUAGUUCUACUCAUUUUGCCCGAAUUAGAUGUCGUCAAAGGCGCAAUGCUAAUGAAUGCGCUAUGCAUAAUGCCAGGAAUUUUAAAUAUAUUCAGCAGGGACUCGUCGCAUCCCCGUUACUACAUAAUAAUGAUGUUAGAUAUUUUAUCUGCAUCGGCUCAGAUAACGGCGUUUGUUGUGUGGCCCUUGCUUGAUGGUACUUCGGUACUGUGGACUAUCCCUGUGGCUUGCAUUUUUAUAUCCUUAACGUGGUGGGAAAAUUUCGUCGCUAAUCCUGAUAGAAACAGUACAGUUAUCACUAUAUACCUUUCCGACUUGCGCAACGAACUUAAAAAAACUCGUUACUACACCUAUAGAUUCCUUCCGAUUUGGAAAAUCAUAUUGUUUAUGAUAUGUAUCAUGGUGGCUAUGGAGAUUCAAGGUGAUGACAGUAAAUCCUUUUUCUCGUGGGCGCUAACAGCUUUUACGGAGCGCCUGUACUAUGUACACGAGGUUCAAGCUAUUCUUGAAGACAACCUAGUUGAUCUAGAUCGCACGUUAAUUGAGGGUAGUUUCAGACUAGAAGCGAGCCCGAUAGCAUCAUUAUGGGUUGCUGUUAUUCAAAUGGCUGCUGCUUAUAUAUGUUUCACUUGUUCGAAACUGGCCUGCAAGAUCCUUAUUCAGCAAUUCAGUUUUACAUUCGCGCUAAGUCUUGUGGGACCAGUGAUGGUGAAUGUCCUUAUUUAUAUGUGCGGAUUGAGAAAUGCCAACCCCUGCGCAUUUCAUAAUACCAUUCCGGAUUACUUAAGCUAUAUAAUACCACCAGUAUAUUAUUUGCAAAAUUAUAUCGGACGGGAGAUGACUUGGAUAUGGCUUUUAUGGCUGGCAUCUCAGGCUUGGAUAACUAUCCACACUUGGACGCCAAAGUGCGAACGCCUCGCAGCUACAGACAAAUUAUUCGCAAAACCUUGGUAUUCUGGUCUUCUUAUCGACCAGUCUUUGCUUUUAAACAGAACUAAGGAUGACGAUGCCGAUAUUGCUGUGGAAGAUAUUCUUGAUCUAAAAGACAAUGCCUCAAUUACAAGUUCGAUUCUAGAGCCGAAAGAUGUCAAACCGUCCGACAAUAUUCCGAGAAUCUAUAUAUGCGCAACCAUGUGGCACGAGACGAAAGAAGAAAUGAUGGGUUUCCUAAAAUCAGUUCUACGAUUGGACGAAGAUCAAAGUGCUCGAAGGGUUGCUCAGAAGUACCUUGGGAUCAUCGAUCCAGAUUAUUACGAACUUGAAGCACACAUAUACCUAGAUGACGCAUAUGAAGUGUCGGAUCAUAGCGCGGAAGAUUCUCAAGUGAAUCGUUUCGUCAAAUGUCUCGUGGAUACCAUAGAUGAGGCAGCGUCGGAAGUGCACUUGACUAAUGUAAGGCUGCGACCACCAAAGAAAUAUCCCACGCCAUAUGGCGGAAGAUUAGUGUGGACAUUGCCGGGAAAGAAUAAGAUAAUAUGCCAUUUGAAGGAUAAAUCUAAAAUAAGGCAUAAGAAGAGAUGGUCACAGGUGAUGUACAUGUACUAUCUUCUUGGACAUCGAUUAAUGGACUUGCCGUUGACAGUCGACAGAAAAGAAGUAAUAGCAGAGAAUAGUUACUUGCUCGCGUUGGAUGGAGAUAUUGAUUUCAAACCAAGUGCAGUCACAUUGCUAAUUGACUUGAUGAAGAAGGACAAGAAUUUGGGGGCAGCUUGUGGGCGGAUUCAUCCGGUGGGGUCUGGAUUUAUGGCCUGGUAUCAAGUGUUCGAGUACGCGAUUGGUCAUUGGCUCCAAAAAGCAACUGAACAUAUGAUCGGCUGUGUUCUUUGUAGUCCCGGCUGCUUCUCGCUAUUCAGGGGAAAAGCUCUCAUGGACGACAAUGUCAUGAGGAAAUAUACAUUAACUUCAAGCGAGGCGCGACAUUAUGUACAGUAUGAUCAAGGCGAAGAUCGAUGGUUAUGUACGCUGCUUCUUCAGCGAGGAUAUCGAGUCGAGUACUCCGCUGCGUCCGAUUCGUACACGCACUGUCCAGAACGGUUUGAUGAGUUCUUCAAUCAGCGGCGUCGCUGGGUUCCCUCUACUAUGGCCAAUAUCUUCGAUCUACUGGCUGAUGCCAAACACACUGUUAACGCUAAUGACAACAUAUCUAUGCUUUAUAUCGCCUAUCAGAUCAUGUUAAUGUUCGGUACUGUAUUGGGUCCUGGCACCAUAUUCCUUAUGAUGAUCGGAGCAAUCAAUGCUAUAACUGGCAUGAGUAAUAUGAAUGCGUUGAUACUAAAUGCGGUGCCUGUGUUGACGUUCAUUAUAGUGUGUAUGACUUGCAAAUCGGAUAUACAGUUGAAAUUCGCAAACAUUAUAACAUGCCUAUACGCAAUGAUAAUGAUGUUUGUAAUAGUCGGAAUUGCGUUACAAAUCGUGGAAGACGGUUGGCUGGCACCGACCAGUCUUUUCUUCGUGGCUACAUUUGGUCUUUUCUUUGUAACUGGUGCUUUGCAUCCACAAGAAAUAUCAUGUUUGCUCUACCUCGGGAUCUAUUACAUAACUAUCCCAAGUAUGUACAUGUUGCUGAUUAUUUAUUCGCUUUGCAACUUAAAUAACGUAUCGUGGGGGACCAGAGAAGUAGCCGUUAAGAAGACUUUGAAGGAUAUGGAGUUAGAAAAGAAAGCAGCAGAGGCGGCUAAAACCAAAAUGGAAAACCAAAGUAUAAUGAGCUGGUUCGGUAAAUCUGAAGAGCAGAGCGGGUCUGUGGAGUUCAGUAUAUCGGGGUUAUUCCGUUGUCUUUGCUGCACGAAUCCAAAAGAUCAUAAGGAGGAUCUGCACUUGCUAAAGAUCUCCAACGCUUUGGAGAAGAUGGAAAAGAGAUUGGACUCUCUAGGCGCACCUACUGAACUGCCAGAAAGCCGUAACCGUCGCCGCUCUUCAAUGGGUAUACGAAAUGAUACUCUUUCUAUGCUGCCUGAAUACGAAGAUAGCGAGGUCUCCGUUGAAAUACCGAGGGAAGAACGAGACGACUUAAUUAACCCAUUCUGGAUAGAAGAUCCAAAUCUCCAAAAAGGGGAGGUGGACUUCUUGACAACAGCUGAGACUGAAUUUUGGAAGGAUCUAAUUGACGCGUACUUGCGGCCUAUCGACGAAAAUAAGGAAGAGCAGGAAAGAAUAAAGACAGAUCUUAAAAACUUACGCGACAACAUGGUGUUUGCGUUUUUGAUGCUUAACGCUCUUUUUGUGGUGGUGAUCUUCAUUCUUCAGUCGAAUCAGGAUCAACUGCACAUCAAAUGGCCAUUCGGUCAAAAGAUCGCUAUCGCUUAUAAUAGGAACCGAAAUCUAGUGGAAAUUGAACGCGAAUUCUUGAUGUUGGAACCGAUCGGGUCUGUGUUCAUCAUCUUUUUCGGACUCGUCAUGAUUAUCCAAUUUAUUGGAAUGCUGUUCCACCGGAUGGGUACUCUUAUGCAUCUUCUUUCAACAACGCAGCUCAACUGGAACUUUACUAAAAAGCAAAAUGAGAUGUCAAGCGAAAAGUUGUUUGAGAAGCGCGCCGUAGAGAUCGCUAAGGACCUGCAAAAGUUAAACGUGGAUGACCUGGAGAAGCGGGGAGUAGAUGAAUCAACCGUAUCCCGAAGGAAGACUCUGCAUAAUUUAGAAAGAGCUCGCGACACUAAGCACAGUGUUGUCAACCUGGACGCUAACUUUAAAAGGCGUCUUACUAUACUACAAAAUAACGAUAGUGCUGCAUUAAAACGGUUGCCAUCUUUGGGUGGAGACGCAGCGACACGACGAGCUACACUUCGCGCUUUGAUGACACGACGCGAUUCCGUCAUCGCCGAGAAACGACGUUCUCAAAUUCAAACGGACUCGACUGCCGAAUAUCUAUAUGAUGAACCUUUGGUCGACUUAAACGCAGUGGGCGCAGGCAGAUCUAGUAUGGCAUUCAUGAACAAGGGUUACGAACCCGCUCUAGACAGUGACGAGGAAGCAACUCCACCACCGCGCCGUAGCACCGUCCGAUUCAGGGACCGAGAAAGCUACAUGUAA